GCACCAGUAACGUUGGAUGCCAACCGCCGUUAAACCUCAUCGAAGAAGAGCUACACACAGCGGAGCAGAGAGAGCGAGGUCGUUCCUGCGGAGGUAACCAUGGCAAUGACGGGCCAGAGUUCCUGCUCCUCGAUGAGUAAUCACACCAAGGAACGUGUGACCAUGGCCAAGGUGACCCUGGAGAACUUCUACAGCAACCUCAUCGCUCAACAUGAGGAGAGAGAGAUGAGGCAGCAGAAGUUGGAAAAAGUGAUGGAUCAAGAGGGCUUGGCUGAUGAAGAGAAGCGUAUCCGGCGCUCCCAGCACGCCAGGAAAGAGACUGAGUUCCUGCGUCUCAAACGAACCCGCCUGGGGCUGGAGGACUUCGAGUCCCUCAAGGUGAUUGGCCGAGGAGCUUUCGGAGAGGUGCGUCUGGUGCAGAAGAAGGACACAGGCCACGUGUACGCUAUGAAGAUCCUCCGCAAGGCCGACAUGCUGGAGAAGGAGCAGGUGGGCCACAUCCGUGCUGAGAGGGACAUCCUGGUAGAGGCUGACAGUCUGUGGGUGGUUAAGAUGUUCUACAGCUUCCAGGACAAGAUGAACCUCUACCUCAUCAUGGAGUUCCUGCCUGGCGGUGACAUGAUGACCCUGCUGAUGAAGAAGGAUACUCUGACAGAGGAGGCCACUCAGUUCUACAUCGCUGAGACAGUGCUAGCCAUCGACUCCAUCCACCAGUUGGGCUUCAUUCACAGAGACAUCAAACCUGACAACCUGCUACUGGACUCCAGAGGCCAUGUGAAGCUGUCUGACUUUGGUCUGUGCACAGGUCUGAAGAGGGCGCAUCGUACCGAGUUCUACAAGAACCUGAACCAUAGCCUCCCCAGUGACUUCAGUAAGCAAACAUUCAAUAACAUGAACUCAAAGAGGAAAGCAGAGACAUGGAAGAGGAACCGGAGACAGCUGGCCUUUUCUACUGUGGGCACCCCUGACUACAUCGCCCCUGAAGUCUUCAUGCAGAACGGAUACAACAAGCUCUGUGAUUGGUGGAGCCUUGGAGUCAUCAUGUAUGAGAUGCUGAUAGGCUAUCCCCCGUUCUGCUCAGAGACCCCACAGGAGACCUACAGGAAGGUGAUGAACUGGCAAGAAACACUGACUUUCCCCCCUGAAGUGCCCAUUUCGGAGAAAGCUAAGGACCUCAUCCUCAGGUUCUGCUGUGAGGAGGAGCACAGGAUCGGAGCCACUGGGGUGGAGGACAUUAAGGGCAACGCCUUCUUCGAGGGGGUGGACUAUGACCACAUCAGAGAGCGACCCGCUGCCAUUCCCAUUGAGAUCAAAAGCAUCGACGACACGUCCAACUUUGACGAGUUCCCAGACUCUGAUAUCCUCCAGCCGACAGCUGCCCCCGUGGUGUCCAACCAUUCUGAGGCAGACCUCAAGAACAAGGACUGGGUCUUCAUCAACUACACCUACAAGCGCUUUGAAGGCCUCACAGCCCGAGGGGCUAUCCCCUCCUACAUGAAGACAGGGAAGAGAUGAAUCCUUCUUUUGUUUCCUCACUCACUCUACCUGCCACUCAGACUGGCAUUCAAAAGGAAUUCCCCAUGGAUCCCAACGUCCACUCCUCUCCCAAACUCGAUUUUGGAGGUAGAAACUAAAUUACCCUAUUCAAGCUUGUUGAAGGGGUCCAUCAUAAUUGAGACUAUCCCAUGUGUCUGAUCCUGCUGAAGGGACCUUUCUCCUUCCUUUGCAGGGGACUUGUAGGGGACUUGUAGGGCUCUGUGUACUGUGUAGAGAAGUGUGACCUACUCUAUCUAAAAAAGCCAUAGCGUUGGAAGGGAUGGACAGUGAUUGUUUUCUAUGUGAAAACUCAUAUGCCAUUCCACCCCAGGAUUAAAGUUCCCAUAACUAAAGUGUAGGAUCCACCAAUGAGCAGUCUUGGAGGUGUUGAUAUGACCUUAGUUUGGGGACCAUCUCUCGUAGAUCUCCACUAGCAUCGGUCCAACUCGGCCAAGAUUGAUUCUCUAUCCUUCAGUAUCCCAAGGGACUGAAACAAGAUACCAGCAUAACCGGUCACCUUAGGGGCCAGAGCCCAUUUUCACAUCAGAAGAACACACUUGACUGGCUAUACCAGCCUUCUUCACUUCCUCCUCCACAAACAGGCAUUGAAGUCUUAAAGUUUAGCUGGGUGACCACCAGCAUGGGACUAGGAUCCAAUAUGCCUCACUUUUCUGUCAAAGGGCUAGCUUUUCUCUCUUCAGUUUUUCUUUCUUUUUCCCACACACAAUAGAAUUCUCCAUCUUUUUAGAAAUGAGUUCCGCCAUUAAAAACAUUAGAAAUAGUGUAAUUUGACAAACCGAUGAUGCUUUUCAGGGAAUAUAUGUCAAUGUUUUUCAUGUGUUUUUAGAGAGCUCUCUACUGAAGCAUCUUGGAUGAUGGUGCUUCGGACCGGUUGCCUGUUGCAACAAGCCAACUCAUAACCAAAAACAUUGAGAGCUGAGUGUAAUUGUUGUAACUAUUCAGUCUAAUUUUUGAGGGAGCUGUUACAUGGACUUUGGCAAGUGUUUAUAGCAAUAGAAUCGCCUCUCUUGAAUAUGAUUCCAUUUGAAAUGGAACUACACCUUCCAGAAGCCUAGCUUUUUAGGUUCUUAGUUUGACAAUCAUCCGCUGUUAAUAUUAGCACCUUCGUGCUGUCCUCUAACUCAUUUGAUUUACCAAUACUCUGUCGGACUUAUAAUGUUUGUGGAUAUGCAUGUCCUUUUGCUAGAGAGCAAAAUCAAAUACAAAAAUUUGGUGCAUGUACCAACCAUUAUUUUCGGUACUUUUCCAUGGACCUUUGGGAUAGGGGUGCUAUAAGUAAGGCCAAUAUAUGGAUACUCUUCUCUUUUUUUUGUACUGACCACUGGUCUGUAAGGGCUUGGUAGGUGAGGUGGCAGAGCAAGUUUGUUCAGCGGAUAUGUAAGUAACAGAGAAUAGAAAAGGAGCAGCUUUUAGAGUAUUGAGACACACUCAGGCUCUGUUGACCCUAGGUUGGGGUCAUUAACACACCCUUUCCACUUCCUGUCGUGUCUAUAGUUCAGGCUCUUCCUGUUGCUUGGCUAUUUCUUAGCAAGAAUACUUUACAUUUGUCUGUUUUGUGUCAAGGAUAUGCCACCUGGUAUGUCCAUACUUUUCAAGAGGCUAAGAGGUGUGAGUGAGAAACUCGACCGUAACUCUGUAAACAGGGCUAUAUGUGACUCACUGUUCUUAACACAAUCCCAAAUGCUGUCAUUUGAAUCGAAUGUAAUCCCAAGACGUAGUUGAAGAUGAAUUUAAUGCCAUGUUAAUUCCAAAAUGCUGUAAUUUGAAUGGAAUGUAGCCUAAACCACAGGAGUGGUAGGUUUGUCACACGGAGAAGAUGUCUGGUAUUUUUGUUAAAUAUCUGUACGGUGUUCUGGGUAGUUUAGACUACUUGCUGAGAUUUAAUAUCCAGACUUUUUUAGUUGUUUUUCUGACUGAGCGACAGAACUGAUUUUGAGACUGGUCUCACCUUUUACUGAUGCUUGAUGCCCGACUGAUCCUGUUGUAAUGCCGGGUGUAAACAGUAUUGGGCGGAUGAGUUGGCAAAGUGCAAAUGGCUUUUUGGAAUAAUUGUAUUUUAAAUGUAUGCUGCUUGGUGUGUGAGAUUUGCAUGUGUCUUUAGAGGAAUGGGUGAUAUGCUCAGUAAAAAUAAGAUGUUGGAAUAUGUUGUGUUCAAUUAACAAACACUAAGGUGGGUGCUCUUUUGUAGAUGUCAUCCAACUGUGUGUGUGUGUAUGCUGUUAUUUCCCCCCAGGCACACAAGGUGGGGGGAAACCGGCUGUACAAACCUUUUUAUAGGGAACAUUCAAUCAAAAGUAGGGGGAGUUGUAUUUAAUCCACUGUGGUGUGAGGUUUCUAUUGUAUAUUUUCUGCCACUUCACAUUGAAUAACUGCACUUAAUAUCUGUGGUGUUUCCGUUUGUACAGCAAAAUAAUGGGCCGCUCUGAAAUCCGUCUUUGUUUUAAUGGGUGAGGGAAUGUCAUUUCACUGGUUGAAUGGGCAAGCUAGCCAUGUGCAGGAGUUACAUUUUCUUCUGGAAAUUGUUUUAUCUGACAAACUAAAUGAGGUGGAAUAAUGUAAAUGGAGAACAAAGGUCUUAAUUAAAUAUUAAUUAUUUAUUACCUUUUGGAUUCUAAACAUCCCUUGCUACUCAAGACUGAUUAAGACCCCUUCGCCAAGAGCAACAAUGUUUUCAUCCAAACAGGAGAAGGGUGAGGUUGUCAGUUUUUUUUAAUUUGACCAAAGCGAACCCUACACAACAAACCAGGCUAGAAGUAACGACCAGUUUCUCAAGCCCCAUCAUGUAAAGUCACCCACUCAUUGCUCCGUCAUCUCUCAAUAGUGCAAAUAAGUUCUUACAGGGCUGUUGUAAUGCAUGCAACCGUUUCAACAGCGUAAACUAGUCUUUGUGUAAUAGAUGGCAUAUCAAUUGGUUUUCAGAGAACAUGGUUUUCAGAGAAUUGUUCAGUGUUCCUCAAAGGUGCUACUAGGCAGUAUCCCUGGUUAGACUUGUUAGCUAGUAGCCUACUACCAUAGAGGCUUAGAAACUGUAUGGUUGAGAUGUGCAUUUCACCAUGUAUCCUUUUGAGUACGUUAACCCACUGUUAAGGCAGAAAGUGGCUAAGUCGUGUGGGUAUUGGUUCUCUAGUUAGUUCAAAAGGCACAUUUAUUUUGCCAGUCAAUGGCAGACCGCUUGUUUCACUUCUGGUAGAAAUACUCACCUGCACUAUUAUGGUGGUAGACUUUUAACAGCAUUAAAUAAAACACCUAGGACUAUGUUGAA